CGCAUAGUCGCGCCACCCCCAUGUCCUCACCAUAUCCCAGGGUAACGGAGACGCGGAGACUCGUGGAGGUUGUUUGCAGCAAGUCCUGCACUGAUUGUGUAGUCUGCGAUGGAGGGAUUUGGAGACCCUUGCGUGCUGCACAAAGUCUUGUCCGUCCUCCAUGAGAACACGGGAGAGCACGAGAUGCAGGAGCUAUUGGAGCACCUCAACGCUGAACUCAAAGAAAAUGCACACAUGAUUGAGCGAGGGCUGGAGGAGAUGGGAGCGGAGUUGAGCGCUGCGUUUCCAGGAGACGAGCCUCCUGCCAGGGCGGCGGAGCAGCUCGCCUGGCUUGCCCGCAAGGACAUGGGGUCGCUGUGGCCCUCCCAGACGCCGCAGCCCGAAGUCGCACGCUUCCUGAGCGAAAUACUGCGCAUUCUCCGCUCGGAGCAGGGCCUCGACGACGAGGUGCUGCAGCUCCUGCUAGAGAUCUCGUCUCGCUCCGGAGUGCUCUUCCCUUCCCACCCCAGCGGCACCGCCUUCCAGUUCUCCUCGCUGGCGUCUCUCAACGCCGCCGAGGACACGUCCGCACUGGACGUGCAAUCGCUGUGGGAGAGCACGCGGCUGCACCUCCGCACGCACCUCCUACGCAGGCUGGCUGCCAUCUCGGCAGCCACGGGCACCGCCAGGGCACAACACUUAACCCGAUUGCGCUGCCUGCAGAGCUUGGCGUUCCUCUACCCACCAGACGAAUUUCUGCCCAAAUACAAGACCAUGCGUGCCAAGCAGCUGCAGGACUUGCUGCGGCUGUGUGGAAUGAACCCGGCCAAAGAGUUUGAAAGCGGGAGCGCCGUUAACCUGGGGAGUUUUGCGCUGUCGCUUGCGGAGGCUGUUCCCCAGAUCUGCAUGUUGAUGGUGGAGGACCAUGCGGCCGUUGGUGGCGUGGCGGGCUGCGAAGUGGCGUCCCGGUUUCUUCAAGAGGUGUUCCUGGAAGAGAUUGAGGAGGAGCUGGUGGGGGCAUUGGGGCAGCCAUUGCUGCUGCUGCUGCCAGAUGGCCCUGCAUGCAAGGAUGGCAGGAGGCCAAAGGGAAAGAGAAACACAGUGGACGAAUCUGCAAUGCUGGCACAAGACACGCUUUCCCAGCUGACCCGGGUGAUGUCAAGUCUGCUCAAGAUGGACAAGCAACUAAGGGAAUUAGCAUGGUCUGCCCCGGCUAGCAGUGCUGGUGUCAACGAAGGUCAGUGCAAGUACUUCAGGAUCCUCCUGAAGGAGUCUCAAAUGCCCUACUCAAGAAAGGCAGCCCAGGACUCGUUUCUCCAGAACCACACUCGAAGAAGAAGCCGGGCACGUUCUCAGGCUCUGGAAUGGGAAUGGAAGACUCUCUUCCAGGACCUUUCUGGUCCGAUGGCUCGGAGCCUUCUGCAAACAGGAGCGGAGAUCACGGGGAGGUGGUCACAGAAGUCGCCCGCCGGCGGCCCCUCUCUGCUGGUGUCCGCCAGCGUGAUGGAGGGUGGGGGCAGUCAUCGCUGCGCGGUGUUCGAGUUCUGUGCAGGCGUAGCGGACGAGCUGGAAUUCUUCUUCCCGUUGGCCGUUGCCGGCCGCGAGGGCCCACUGCGCGAAGUCGGCACCGCUUUCGUGUCCGUCUGCUGCGACGUCACGGCAUGCGUCCUACGCCGGCUGCGGGAAUAUGGACACGGUGGGGCAGACGGUGGCCCCGUGAACACGCUGUACACUGCGCUGUCCUCGGCGGCGUUUAUGCACGGCCGACUGCGGAGCUUCUGCGACGCGCUGGCCGACCGGUCGUUCACGCUGCCUUUGUCUGCGACCCUCAAGAAGUGGCAAGAGUUUAUGUCGGGCAUCUGUGACAGCAUCACUGACUACCACAUUGGGGUCCUUACCACGAGCAUCCUACACGAUUCGGAGAGCCACCACUGGGCAGAUCCCAGGCCCUUCUAUGAGGGCGAGCGUUGCUCCUUCAGCUUGCAGAUGUGGCACUGCCACCUCGGCGCCCUUUGGUCCGACCUCCGGCGGUCUCUGCCCCCGGCGCUGUCGCGCUCCCUGCUGGCGUCGGUGCUGGGCCGCUCGCUUGCGCCGCUGGCCGCUCGCUACGCCCGGGCCCGCCCGUCAGAGCGCAGGACGCCGCAGGUGCGCGCCGACAUCACGGCCGCGCUGGCCUACUCGGCGUGGCACCUGCUGGGCGUCUGCCGCGGCUGGCGGGAGCUGCUGGAGCCGGAGGGGAACGGCGGGGACGAGCACGCGGAGCUGCUGUCGCCGAUCCACGCGCACUGCGGCUCGCUGCUGGCAACGCUGGCUGUCGGUACUGCGCCGUUGGAUCAGCUACACCUAGCGUUCAAAGACGGGUUCCCUGCCGCGGAGAGGACACCACGCUUGCGUAAAGAUGGGCCCAGGCCUGGCCUCGCUCCUCUGUGGCUGCAGUGGAUGAGGCCAGGUCUCUUUGGCAAAGGGCCAGAGAGGGUGUACGAGCACAUCAGGCUGCUGCUGGCCCAGCCUCGGCUGGACCGGGAUCUCCUCGUGCAGACCCUGGUGUUUGAAAACGGGCUGCUGUCCAAAGUGCUGCUCGUCAACACGGGGGUCGAGCAGUGGCGGCCGCAGCAGCGGGCGAACGCGGGGCCGGAGGGAGGAGGCCGCUCCCUGGCACAGGCCGUGCUGCUCACGCUGGGCUCCUGCGAGGGCUCUCCCUGCGUCCUGCGUGACGUGAUGCGGGAAUACCUGGACAGGCACGCACUCUGGGACCACGUGGUCAUCUCGCCCGAAGGGGACGGGAGCCAAGAAUCGGCCGUGAGCGAAAGCCUGCGCCUCCUGCUGUCUCCGGCCCGGGAUGUGCUGCUGCUGCCCGUGCUGGAGCUGCUGGAGGCCUCGAGGGCGGCCGGGAGUGAUGCGGCAAAGGAACUGCCGCCCUCUCUCAUCGGCAAGAUCCCCCCUGAGUGGGGGUUUUCGGCAUCGCAGAAGCAGGGAUUUCCAGGCACCGUGGACUUUGUGGAGCGAGCCCUCGAGGCCACCGUGCAGACGCUACCGAUGGCCGCGGCAUCUAUUUCCACGCCCAUCAAGGUCUUCUUCUCCUCGGUUGCUCCUGAAGAAGGCGGCGGCGCUGCCGGCGGCCUCUCAAAGCUCCGGCCGCCCCACGGCUCGCUGCUGCUCUACGCGCUCUGCGCCCUGCUCUGCCGAACGCUGAAGGACGGCAAUGCCGUGGAGGAGGCCACCGGCGUCACGCUGGACCGGGCCGCGGCGGAGGCGUUGGCGCUCGUGGCGGACUGCGUGCGCGCCGUGGCGAUGGAGGGGCGCGAUGAUAGUGGCGGCGGUGGCGAUGGCGGCGGUGGCGGUGGUUGCUCCCUGUCAGUGCGACGCACCGUACAGGCCUUGAGGAAGCGGCGGCCAGACUGGGUGGAGGCCACCCUGGCACGGGCGGCCAGGAUCGUUGGAGCACAGCGGUGUGACGCAGAGAGCGGCACGCGUGGUGCGGCGCGGCCGCUUGUGCUGCCGCCAGCAGCUCCGCCUUCGCGCCGGAGGCCAGGUGGUCCCCUAUACCUGCGCCGCAUCCAUCACGCUGUCAGCACCAAUGAGAUGUGGCUCGCACAGCAACUGGGAGGGGAUAGAAGAGUUCAAGUGGAGCAGACCCCAGCGGAGUUUGUGCUUUCGGAUUCCGAGCCUCCUUCAGACUUUAAUCCUGUGAGCAGCCUCUGCCACAUUGGCACCGAGCCAUUACAACAGGCACAACUGUUUUCCUGGCCCUGGGACUGGAGUGCUUUGCUGCAAGCUCACCUGGGACUGACUAAGCCCUCCUUCGCCUGCCUGCUGGCCAACAGGUGGGAAAUGCAGGAAGACGCGACGCUGGAUGAGGAGGAGAGAGUCAUGGUGGAGCACCUGAGAAACGUCUACCUCGACACCGCAGAGGCCAGGGGGUUCCACACUUAAAACUCGCUCGCUCUCUCACUCGCCAAACGAAACGUCCAGACGAGGUCCAACAGCUCCCUCUUUCUCCCUCUCUCUCUCUCCCUCACCGUUUGCUGCCGGUGCAGCCCGCCACAUUGUUGCAUUUUCCAUUGUAUUUUUUUCCCCGACAGUCGAAACCAAAGCCUUCCUUGUCGGCAAGCCUUCGAUGCCCGGCAGCUGUGGCACAAAUCGCACCGAGGGCCGCGGUUGGAGUGGCGUGGCGCUAAGCCGCAGGUCGCCGCCGUUGCUGGCACGAUCGCGGAGCGGCGUUGGGCGAUGCGCGGACCCGGCCGGCAGCGUUAACACUUGGACCCCAGCAUGGCCCGCUCGUGAAAUCAGAUAAAAGAAAGAAGAAAAAAAUAUCCAAGCCAAAGAACGCGUGGGGGGAGGGGGGGCAGGCGCGAAAAUAACAACGUCCGUUAACGAGUGCCCCCCAUCUGAACAGGAGCGAAUGUUGAGUACCAGUUGUAGCUUUUGCAAGCCUGCGCAAUGAUGAUAACAAUAAUGAUGAUGAUGUUGUCUCAGCCACGAUAGAUUCACGUAAAGCUCAGCAUUAUAUUACUUCCGUUUGCCCCACCCCACCGCCCCCCCAAUGCACAGUGAAGCUCCUGCGGGAAGCAAGCACGCACGCUUGCGGGGAUGAUCAAAGGGUACGAGGGAUGCGAGAGGCGGGGGAGUGAGUUUGCUGCGAAAGUUCCGUGGAGAAGUCGAGUGCGUGUGUCAGUCCACCGCGCGCGUGCCUGUUGGCCGCUGGCCUCCGGCGAAUGGAGGCGAUCGGAUUGACAGCUGUUGGGAGUAAUUGAGAGCGAUGACAUCACCCGCGUAACUCAUCCACGCGGUGCUCGUCUGUUGAACCUGUGAUAGGCCAAGAGCGAACGUGAGACUGGCGUCUUUAUUUUUUUUAUUUUUAUUUCGUUUUCCCCUCGCCGUUGCCCGGACUCGUAACAGGGUCAGCAAUUAAGUUGUCAUAAUUAUACCCGGCUACUUGUUCAAUCUUAUUUUUUUAAACUCCGGUUUAAGUGAAAUGCAUUUGUCGUAAGAUGUCGAAGUACCCUGUUUUUUGUUGAUCCAUUUGAUAAUAAUUCUAUAUCAACCUGCCACUGCCACCACCUUCAAACUCCAGUCACGUAUUUAUUUUUCCUUAGGGUCCCAUGGGGAUUUUUACACGGGGUUCAACAUUGUACAUGUUGUUUUGCGCGAGGGUUUUAAACGGAGCUCCUAAAGGCACCGCGCUUGUUAAUAGUGAAGAUGCAGCCCUACAAUUGCCGGCCCACGUCGCUGCUGGUGGAAGGGCCUCCACUAGAGGGAGCUUUUGAGAGGUAUCUUGGCCUAUGAUUCUAUGUUGGCCAGACGUCUUCGAAGAGGAGGGAGUUACCCACACUUUUCCCCACCACACGCAACCUGUUUUUACUGCUCUGUACCCAUACUGUAUAUAUAUAUACACAUAUUAAGACGAAACUAAAUUACUUUUUUUUAUUUUGCCAGGUAAGGCCCACUGAGCUAUAUAGGUCUUUUUCAGAAGCGACCUGGCCACAAAUGACAGCUCAAUGAACUGGCUCAUCGUGUGGACAUUUAUAGCAGCCAAAUAAAUGGGGAGAGAAAAAUCGGCGGACACGUAGAAAAACCCACGCAACCGCGGGGAGAACAUGCAGACUCCAAAUAUACAAACGUCGGGGUCGCGAUCGAACCCACAACCUCCUGUAUACCAGGUGAGGUAGUGAACAUCUCGCCACUACGCUGCCCCUUAGUAGUGGGUGGACAGAGGUGGUGGGUGGGGGUUUAAGACACUUGCACGACGGUUUCAGAAUCAUAUUCUUUUUUGUACAUACUGGAAGAAUCCAAUGAGCUGUAAUGCUCUGAAUUUCAGUUGCAAUGUGCUGACCCCACAGAAGCCGUCAGUCUAUUGUUACGGGCUGGGUUCUCCGUUUCUCCAGGGGGGGGCGGAGCUAAUAUCAUUCCGGGCUGUGAUUGGGUGGCAUCGUUCCAGUAGGGCGGUGCUAAGUGACAUGCGGCGUGACGUGUACAAUGUACGGGCACGUCUCUACUUACGAACAUGUUAGGUUCCAGAGAUAUGUUCGUAAGUCGGUUUGUUCGUCACUAACUUUACUCCUGUCGAUUCCAAACAUGUUGUACGGCAUGUACAAUAAAUACGGGGAAUGGCUUUAAAAGGUGUAUCAUCUCUUGUAUAUGUAAAUGCCUCUGGGUUUUCAUGUGCUGCAGAUGUAGAUGCCACUGGUUCUUCACGUGGCAUCUACAUGACAUACUUGACAGGUUGUUCAUAAAUCUGAAAGUUCGUAAUUCAAGUGUUCGUAAGUAAGGGAGUCUCUGUAAUCGGAGUGGCUCUGCCUGAGCUCGCAGGCGGUUUGCGUGCCUGGCUCGAGAGAGAUAUGCGGAGGGUACUCUGUGGAGUAUUAAGAAUUGUGUUUGGUAAAUGUUAAAAACUCAUUGCGACUAAAGUAUCCCGAUGACUUGCGAUACAUGUAAUGUACUAUAUUCUUUGUUUUUUUCGAUAAAGUCACGUAGGUAAAAAAAAUAAAUUAAAAUAAAUUAAAUCACGACGUUUCGGAGGCAACACAAGCUUCCGUCUUCAGGUGGCACCGUCACAGCAAAAUUACUGUAUCAAACUUCAAAUCUAGAAUUAAUGUACAAUAUGUUUAGAAUUUUAGGACAUUUACACGAAGAAAAAAGUAUACAUUUUAAUUUACAGAUUACAUCUUAGCUUCGAUGUACUAUCUCUUGUUAUUAAAUCAAUUCCAAACUAAAAUACGUGCAGAAAGUGUAAUUGGCUCAUAGUGAGUAAUAGGCCAUUGUGCCACGCAUUCCAUAUUUACAAUAGUUUGUAACCAGAUUGCAACAAAAUAAAGCUUUGCAUGAAGAGCUCAAGUCACUCAGGUAUACGAUACGACAAUGACAAUUGUCAUUGGGCUGUCACCUUGUGACAGUCUAAUCUUGCGCAUGAUGACAGCGAUGUUCAGGAGCUAGAUACCAAUGUCAAGGUCUGCAAGCCACUACGAAAGGGCUCAGGAUAGAGUUCGUGUGGUUUUGCUCUUUCUCCUCCGUUGAAGGUGCGCGCACUACAGCGGGUUUACAACAUUGUCCAUAGUUUGGGUUGUAUGGCCACACUCGCACUACUGUGGCUUGGCUAUACACCGAGUGAAAUAAAGGACCCUGAUACUGA